AAGCGAUUUCCUGUCCACUCUCAACAACAUCAUCCGGGGGAUAGGGGCCAUAUAUCCACCGAAUCCAUACACAGUAAUAUUCCUCGCAGAGAUUGGUACUCUUGCCAGCUUGAGUCGAUAUCGAGAAGAUGGCACAGGAGCCCGCCGCGACGACCUCGUCGCCCCGCGAGCCGCCCGAGGCUUCACCGCAACAACCUGCCAUCGUCCCGGCAGAUGACCACGACCUCUAUGAUGGAGACUCGGAUGCUGCCUCGUUUGAGAGCAGCACAGCCUCGCUCACUUCAAGUAUUCUGGGCCACAAAUAUGAAAAUGGAAGACGAUACCACGCCUACAGAGAAGGAUCAUAUGUCAUUCCAAAUGAUGAGAGAGAACAAGACCGGCUCGAUCUACAUCAUCACAUCUACAACAUGAUCCUAGGAGGAGAGCUUUACCGCGCCCCAAUUCCACCAGGUACAUCCAAAAUCUUGGACCUUGGAACCGGCACUGGAAGUUGGGCAAUUGAUGUCGCUGAUAAACUCCCCGAAGCUGUCGUGACAGGGAUCGAUCUGAGCCCCAUCCAGCCAUCAUGGAUUCCAACAAAUUGCAAAUUUGAAAUUGAUGACUUUGAGGCAACCUGGAAUUUCAGGGACCCGUUCGAUUUCAUCCAUGCCCGGAGCAUCGAAGGCAGCGCCAAAGAUUAUAAGCGUCUAUUCCGCCAAGCCAAGGAUAACCUUCGACCCGGAGGCUGGUUUGAGGUCGCGGACGCGACGGUGGGGGUUUUUGGCGACGACGACACCAUCAACAAGGCCCCAAACAUCCUGGAAUGGCGCGACCACCUGAUCGAUGCAAGUGCUAAGUUUGGAAAACCUAUGGGGGUAUCAAAGAACUACAAACAAUGGUUUAUCGACACUGGAUUUGAAAAUGUGACUGAGGAGAUCUACAAGGUUCCAUUUUCGCCUUGGGCCAAGGAUAAAAAACUCAAAGAGCUGGGACGAUAUCAACAGGCGAUGAUGCUGGAAGCCCUAGAGGCCUACUCACUGGCUCUUUUCACGAAGGUCUUGAACUGGGAUGUUAAUCGAAUCCAGCUUCUCUUGGUUGGGGUUAGGAAGGAACUUAUGGACAGAAGUCUCCACAUCUACUCCCAAUACUACAUCGUAUAUGGACAGAGACCACAGAAUUCUUGAAGCUGAAAGGGCAUAUUUUCACGCGUCUCUCGAUUCCCACUCCGUUUCCUUCCCAAAUUUCUUUUUAUUAUUUGAAAAUAAUGCCACCCAAUUCCCCAUUUACUGCGAUGGCGAAAAGUGAAAGACAGUAUGUAAUUAACGAUUCUCUUCAAUAUUCGAGCUCCACUUUGUUGUCUGAUCGCAGAGGCGAGAAUACCGACGUGUGUCAGAUAUCAAGG